AUGCAGUAUGAGAAGUGUACAUCUGUUGAUAUGGAUAAUUAUUUUCAUGUACGAAUCUCCGGCGUCCUGUUUCACGUCAAAGAAACACAUGGAAACGUCCUUGCACUACAGAAAGGAAAACAUGAUGGUAACGUUUACUCCACCGCAAGAGAAGAGAUUCCCAAGAAAACAACUGCUUUCCAUGAGAUUCAUAGGAAAAAAGGAGUCGUACUGGAAAGAUGGGAUGGAAUAGAUGGAUAUUUGAUCGAAAAACUUUUAGAGGAUCCACGUUUUCCCAUGCUGCCAACAUAUGUAUCUUAUACACCGAAAUUCAGCGAGCCGGUCAAUUGGGGGGACAAUUAUGGGUCUCGGAUCAGAGGUUACUUUGUCCCAAAGAAGAGCGGACAACACGUGUUCUACAUAGCGAGUGAUAAUGGAGGCCAACUGUUCCUCAGUGUAACUGAUAACCCGGAUGGAAAGAUAUUGAUAGCUCGAGUUGGUAAAGACCACGAAUCUCUUCCCAUGCAAUUCAGAAAAUAUCCUGAACAACAAUCAUAUCCAAUAAACAUGAAAAAUGGCUCCUAUUACUACAUCGAAGCCCUUCAUAAAGAACAAUACGGGAACGACUCCCUGGCAGUAGCCGUAAUGACACCUGAUUUUGAAUUUCUUGCGCCAAUUCCUUCAGAUUAUUUGUGGACGCUGCCGCCUCCCAAGCCGCACGUCAACGACAGUGCCUCCUCCUUCUAUCUUGUGAAGAUAGCAGCUAAAGCGGGAGCUAGAGCAGGUGCCACCCUUGGAGUGAAUGAAGCCCUGAAGAGUGGUGCAAAGGCGGGUGCAUUAGCCGGUGCUGAAGCGGGCACAAGGGCUGGAGCCCAAGCAGGAGCAGAGGCAGCACGAAAAGCAGCAACUGAAGUAGCCACGAAAACACUGAAGGAGGCCCUUUCCAAACUGGGUACAUUUCAAAAACCAACAUUUAAUAUUUAUGCAGCAAACGGUAGCGUGAUACCGUUGACGCCAGGAUCAGUGUCUUCAUCUGGACAGACAACAGGCACCACUGGGUCAAUUGGAAUUGGAACUGCAAGUGCUGUGGCGGGAAGUCAAACUAGUCAAAUAAACCAAACAGGUCUAACAGGUCAGACGAGUCAACCAGGUGAAGGCGGGGUCGGAGGAUCAAUCAGUGCUACCAUAACAGCGGGAACGCAAGGGGCAACAAACGCUGCUGCAGCAGGUCACUCGGGAGUUUUUCAUGGCGCUUAUGUAUACAAUCGAGAAAAACCAUAUUACAUUCCCUCUCCUGGCGAAAAUUCUCAUAUCAUUGCAAGAAAAAUGGUGUAUCUGGAAUCACGAGGGCUUUCCAGAGUUCUCGUCAACGGAGCGCUAUACGUAAUUCAUUCUUUGGAUGUUCCCGCGAGUCAGAAUCCUAUCUACAAUCUUUGCUGGCGAAUCACUAAUGGAAAGUUAGAGCUGACUCAAAACUGUCAGGCAUUUGCCAUCAAGAUUCCAGGAUUCGACAAAGGGACCGGAGAACACCAAACCAUCUCCUUUGAGUCCAUGUGUUUACCUGGUCACUACAUUCGACAGAAGAACUACAGAUUCGUUUUGGGGCACCAAGGAGAUACAAAAUUUGAUUAUGAUGCAAGUUCAGCCUUCUUUCAAGUAUUUUCACUUCCUGGUGCAUUCCAGUUUAGCCUCAUGCGAAAGGGAUGGUACAUUUGCAGAAGCAUAAAUCGAAACUAUCAUCGCACGGAGGUGGUUACAGACUACAACAUGGCAUCAUCCGAAUGGCUAAAGCGUUGCUCGUUCGCUCUAAGGCCUCUUGCAGCCAACGAGAAUCCUCUGAUGAACUGCUACGAUACGAUUGAACCAUCUAAACCACCUAGUGUUGCUUCUACCGACACAAAACCACCACUUACAAACAAAACAACAAUUAGAACCACCCGUCCUACAACUGUUCCAACCACACCACACAAGGACUACGAACCCUGCGUGAACUUCACGUUUUGGAAUACAGCUGGGGUGCCUUUCAUCCUUUACUCCAGUCUCAAACCAGAAGGGUAUUUAGUCACUGGACCCAAGCUACACCUUCACUACGUUAUUCGCGAUCAAAAAGUAAUCGAUUUGAAGGUUCUUCAUGUGAAAAGAACUAACGUUCCAAACCAAGAUGGAGAUGUUUUAUCUGAGGUUAUGGAUGAAUUGACCGAUACUCAGCAGUUGUUCCUGGACAAACCCAAAAUCGCAGCCGGACAGAUUGUGUCUUUCUGGGCCAAAGAUCCAGAAGGGAAACGCGAAAUUCUUCUUGAUGGGAAGAAAAUAAUUUAUGCGAUUCCUGGACUGCACUGCUGGCACUACAUAGAAGUGAAAGUCACAUCAAGGCCAAAACAUAGUCCUUCGACGACUAAACCAACAACACGAACAACGACAGUCAAACCUACAACUCAAACCCCGCGACCUGCCACAACUAAGCUGCCCCCACCACCUCCUCCACCACCCCCACCUCCUCCACGCAUACCUCAUAUCCACGUUCAUUUCCACCCCCCGCAUUUCCCGCCACCUCCCAAGCCGACUCACCCACCUCCUCCUCCUCCACCAAUACUAACACCUCCAUCAACGAAGCCAACAGAAGCACCACCGCCACCCUCCACUCCUUCUCCGCCAACCCCUCCAACUACUAAAACUACACCUUGCAACCCGGGUGUAUCAACGACCACAAGUCGUCCAUGCUCCAUAGUAACAACACCUACUACUAAGACUCCACCUAAAACAAUACCUCCCUGCACACCAAACGCUAGUCCUCCACCUGCUGGUUCUCCUCAAUGCAAGCCAAUCAAUAGCACAUUUGUCAUUUCUCCAUGUUCCGCUGGGUCACCACUAUGCUUCAAACCAUUCCCAUCAGUCACCUUACCAACGUUACCCCCCGCACCUUCCCUUUCUCCUGUUCCCGAGGUUUCAGGAUCAGUGAUAAUACAAGGUUGUAUGUCCACCCAUGGAGGAACUUCAAAAGGCGCCUGUUGCGUUUUCCCAUUCAUCUACCGAGGAAACCCGCAGCACCGCUGUACAAGGGCUGAGCGAGGUUACCGCUGGUGCUCAACAACCAAUAAUUAUGACAAGGAUAAAGAAUGGGGAUUUUGUGCGGCAUGUUUUCUCUGUUACGGAGGUAGUUCAAAUGGCAACUGCUGUCAUUUUCCUUUCGUGUAUGAUGGUAAAAUGUACACGACCUGUACCACCCAGGAUUCAACUAAGCCGUGGUGUGCCACCACGUACAACUAUGAUGUGGAUAAACAGUGGGGCUAUUGUGGAGCUGACGCGCCCGGCUCAGUUUCCCAGCCCAAAAUUGCCUACGCACCAUGUUCUGCUAAUUGUGAUGGUAAAUGCGUGGACACGUGUCCCGACUACUGCUGUGUAAAGGGCAUGAUAAGUACGCAGGAACAACCAGCUCCAGUAACACCCCCACCCCCUCAGCAGGUCGAGCAGGUCCCUCUGGUUCAGCAGACCUCGCAGUCUUGUCCAGCCAUCUGCACCGAGACAUGCGCACCAGACUGCCCCGUUCGUUGUUGUAAUUUCCUUCCGCCUUCGCCUUACAUGGCAAGUCCUCCUCAAAGACCUACGAACUGCCCUCCGAUCUGCUUCAACACAUGUGUUAGCUACUGUCCAACGGACUGUUGUAACAACCCACAGCAAGGCGUAAGCCGUAACACGUUAUCUUACACUCUUAAACUACCAUGCCCUACUAACUGCUACCCUACAUGUCAUGGCAACUGCCCACAGCAAUGCUGCAAGGCAGCGCAAAAGGAAACUAGUUCUUUACUUCACUCUGCUGUGAACAACAAGGGUGUUGGUUUCUAUCAAAGGAUUCAAGGGGAGGGUAUAUCCCCCUCUAUGAGCUUACAAACACCUUCAGCGUCGCCGAUUGUGAUCCGUUCGACGUUACUUUGUCCAAAAGUAUGUAACAAGAUUUGCACAAACGCCUGUCCUACCGAAUGCUGUAAAAGACAGAAAAAUGGAAACAUCAAUCAGCAAAAGUGGAGAAACACCGCCCAGGAUUGCAAAAAUGGUGCCAUUACAUUCGGAGGAAACGCCAAAGGAGCCUGCUGCAAUUUUCCUUUUAUUUACGAUGGUGCGGUUUAUUGGAGAUGUACAAAUCAAAAUGCAGACAAGAAAUGGUGUUCGGUGACUAAAGUGUUUGAGCUCGACAGAAAAUGGGGAUACUGUCCUUGGUAA